CUGGCCUUGCGGAGCGCUGGGGUCCCCGGUGGCGUCCCGUUCUCCCAGUUCCCCCCGGACACGUGUGCCUUGUAUUUUGGUUCCCUCCACACUCCGACCCUUGUGUCUCUUGGUUCCUCCUGGAGUGGCUGAGGCUCCCCGUUUCUGAACCUCCGCGCGUCCCUGUGUGCUUCCUUCAUCUCCCUGCGAGACGCUCUGUAGAGGAGCGAGGCCGGAGGCGGCCUUGGCUCCCCGCCUGGACUGCCCUUGCUGGUCGGGGUCCCGGGCAUGGCCGCAGCUGAGCUGCGAGGACCAGGGGUGUGUGACAGGCACCUGGCCCGUGGCGGGGCUCUGCAGACACUGGGUCCUCCCUCCGUCCUGGGAAUCCCGCCCAAGCCCUUUGGCGGCGGUCAGCCCGGCUCGCCCGGGCCCUCCUUCGUGCCCCGGCCCCUCUGCCCCAGAAGUCCCAGCUGUGAGUCAUGGCGGUCGGCCUCCCAUGGGUCUGUCACUGUGUGCCCCAGCUUCCCUUACAGAUGGCUCAGCGACUUCUCCUGAGGAGGUUCCUGGCUGCCGCCGCCUCCAGGAAGCCCGCUCAGAGUCGGUGGGCACCCCUCGCCUUCAGCGCGGCGCAGACCCCGCCGUGCGGCCCUGGUGGCCACGCAGGGACACCCGGCCCCGCCCGGACGCUGCACGCCACCGGAGUGCUGGCCACGACCUUCAACAUCCAAGAUGGAUCCGACUUUCAGGACCGAGUCGUCAACAGCGAGACCCCAGUGGUUGUGGAUUUCCACGCACAGUGGUGUGGCCCCUGCAAGAUCCUGGGGCCACGGUUAGAGAAGAUGGUGGCCAAGCAGCAGGGGAAGGUGGUGAUGGCCAAGGUGGACAUAGAUGACCACACGGACCUCGCCCUCGAGUAUGAGGUGUCGGCUGUGCCCACCGUGCUGGCCAUCAAGAACGGGGACGUGGUGGACAAGUUCGUUGGCAUCAAGGAUGAGGAGCAGCUGGAGGCCUUCCUGAAGAAGCUGAUCGGCUGACAAGCAGGGAAGGGUCCAACUCACCCCUGCCCGCUCGGGGCCCCCGCAGUCCUGGGAGCGGACCCCACAGAACUCGCAGCCCUUCCGUGCUGGCCCCUGCUGCCUCCUCUCUGUCUGCGCCAGUGGCCCCGUGCUUUGGGGACCAGCCUCCGAACACGGGAGCCACAAGUGCUUCUGAGGUCGGGAGUGGUGCUGCGGCUGGCGUGGCGACCGCGCCUUCCACCUUGUCCUUUUGUCUGCCCCCUGCAGGGCCUGCCUCGCUCUCUGUGCUGGGGAGGGCCCCGGGCGGGUGCACCACGAGGCCCAGGCGGCGACGCCUCGUCCUGUCUCCUUGGUCCUCUCUGAGCGGAACCCCUGAGCCUGGCUCCUCUGCCUCCUGCGUCUGUCUUUCCUGCUGCUGUUUUGUAAGAAGAGAAAGAACCAGGAACCCCAGACAAGGGGGAACGAGACCGAAUUCUUUCAUUUUUUUGGUAGGCCUGUAAUAAAGAACUUAUGUGA